AUGCGUUUGCAGGAAAAGAGUAAUCUGAAAGGCAUCAAAGAAAUCUCAGAUCAGGACGUUGGUAAAGCCCAUUUCGAAAGGAUUACGUUAAACUUAUUCGACGAAGCCGAUGUGGAAGAUCGCAGCGGACUAUCCACAAAAGCUACGGUUAAGAAGUUCCUUGUGGCAGGCAAUCUGCUCGAGGCCAUGGCGACUUUUGGUCCGCUCAGUGAAUCGAUUGAUGAGAAGCGACUGUAUUGCAAGUCAAAAAUGGUGGAGAUGCUGAAGGCUCUGAAGGCGGGUCUUCCCCUCUCGACUGGACCACCAGCAGACGGGCAAUCAAUUGACCUGACACAACCGGACCACAUGCAAGUAGACGCCCCAAGUAUAAACACAAAACAGACACGUCAAGACGAGUUUGGUCUGCCAGGCCCUCCACCACCCGAAGACGACACACCAAUGAACACUCACCCCGGAUCAUUGCCACCCCCACCCAACACCAAUGAUCGAGCCACAUCACCAUCAUCUGGAUUACCACAAAUUCCAAAUCACAUACCUCCGAGUGUCAAGCCAGGGCCGAGCGUCACGCGAAGUUCGAAGCCCAAAGGCUUUGCAGGACCCCCGGGCACGGCGAAAGAUGUAGAAGACGUAUCAGCGGAGGAUAUGAAGCGUGUCAACAAGUUGUGCCGCUUCUGUAUGAGUGCCUUAAUGUAUGACGAUGUUGAGACUGCCGUUUCCAAUCUUCAAGAGGCGUUGGCGCUGCUGACCGAGUGA